UGAGUUGCUAUGCAGGAGCAGUAGCAGAGUUCCCUCUAUCGAUUAUAAAUGUUCCAUAUGUGGCUAAUAAAUAAAGUUUUUUUCUGUUAUUAUGUUUGUUCCAGACUUGCUUGUAGUAAAGCCAUAAGGCUGAAUAAUGUACCAGUCCAGCCUUUUUUUUUCCGAGCUACUCCUGUGGGGAAUGAUUACAUUACUCAGAUCUCACUUCAUGGUAUAAGGGCUUGUUGGGUGAUGUGUUGCUGAUUUUACUGUAAUGCGUAGUUGGCAGAAAAGCCUAACAGUCGACAUGAAUCACACAUCCCCUGUGGUAUGCUAAAAAAAAAAAGAAAAGAAAAAGACUAAACUGCAGUAAAUUACAAGUCAUCCAAAUUGUGUCAUGGCUUUGCCAUUUCUGUUCCAUUUCUUUGGAGAUUGUGUUUAUGCCACUGUGCCAGAUGUGACAGUUUAUUCCACCCCCAACUGAAAAGUUGGAGGCUGCGCCGGAUUGCAUAUGCAGUUCAUGUUAUAGCCAUAUUUCACCUCCAGGCUGCGUGUUUGUGCGUGCACAUGUGCCAGCCUGAAAACUCAGGGGAGACUGCCACAUCUGUGCGUUUGUCCACAGAAGCUGGAGGGUCAGAUGGGUUUCCGCCAUCGCAGAUUCCCUCCUCCUUCUCCACUCUUAAAGAACCACUCCCAUCAUCUACUCUAAAAUCCUUCAGAAUUGUCUUUUAAUUAUGAUUAUGCCGAUCUUACCCAAAAUAAAAUAAAAUUGUGUCCUUUUAUAGGAAAUCAUUUCUGCAGAGCAGCAGUAGUUCAUUAGAAAUUCACCUUUCAGUUGUGGACAGACCUAAGUAAGCCUACUCCACUUCCCAUCAUCCAUAGGUUUACAUGCUCUCCCUCACAUCCCCAACCUAUCAUGAUUUGUUCAAUGCAACUAUGGAGAGCAAUUUGGAGCUAUCCAGUUGUACAGUUCUGAGCCAGAUGCCAACUCAGAGGAGGAAAACGAAGGCCGACAUGGAUCUACAAGUGGAUGCAUUGGAAUGGAGCGGAACAGGGAGCAAUUUGAGAAAAGUAGUACUCAGAAACUCAGUUUCAAAAACUCAGGCCAGGCCAAAAGAACAUGUUUAAAACACAAUUUUCGUUGGUUGUGGGUCUUUAAAUUGCUUAAGCUCCACUCUUUAUGAUUUCUAAACAGCUUUCUGGACCUCCUCAAUGUUCCAGAUUUGAGAGUUCCUCUCAGCCUCUCUCCCUUGUUUAACUUCCUUAUUAAAAGUCUUUUGUGGUUUAUUUACUUUUUACCAUUUUUUUAAACUAUAAUUUGCAGUCCUCCAAUCCUUCCUCUUCUUAAAUUUCUCAUCCUCUUCCUCGGUUUUGUCUUCAUAGAGUCCCACUACUGACCCAGUUAAGCAUAGAAGGGACACAGCAGCACUAGAAUGACGGAGGUAAGGCAGGAAAGAGAGGGAGGACAGGCGGAGAGUGGGGAGUUUGACAGCCAGUGGCUGGAAAUCCACGGAGACUCAGAGUUGCCACCAACCUGCCAGGACACACAGUGAAUUGUCCGAACUUCACCUGGAACUUAAAAAACCCUUGACAGAUUCCGCGGAUGAGGGGGUGGGGUAGCGACUCGGCAUUCCAGCUGCCACACUCUGGAAGAAGAAACGAGGAGAAUAACGAUCUAGCUUCAGUGAAGAAAGCAGAUGGGGGAGCUGUGCGGAGUUAGGAUGGCUGAAAAUCACCACAUAGAGGGAGACUGAAGGGACAAAGACAGUGUUUCCGUGCUGGGAAACUGGGGGAAGGGGGCGUGGGAACGUGCUUGCCCCAAAAGAGGAGACAGAUUUUUGUUGACAGGAACAGAGGGAGAGGCAGGAAGGGAGGAUGCUUCUCUUCUUCCAAGACAAGUGGGAGGUGGAGGGGCUGCAGACUGUGGGGAUCAUCCUGGUGGUCUGCAGCUCCCUCAAACUAAUGCACUUUCUGGGGCUAAUCGACAUCUCUGUGGCAGACAGCAUAGAAGAUGACUUUGAGUUGUCCACUGUGUGCCAUCGCCCUGAAAGCAUGGACAAGCUGGAGGAGCUCACCAAGUUCACCAAGAAGGAGCUGCAGGUUCUCUACAGAGGCUUUAAAAACGAAUGCCCAAGUGGGGUUGUGAAUGAGGACAACUUUAAAACUAUUUACUCCCAGUUCUUCCCCCAGGGAGAUUCCAGUAUGUAUGCACAUUUCCUUUUCGAAGCCUUUGACACGAACAAGAACGGCUCGGUUAGUUUCGAGGAUUUUGUGUUUGGUUUAUCCAUUAUCCUGAGAGGAACAAUUAAUGACCGCUUAAACUGGGCGUUUAACCUAUACGACCUAAAUAAAGAUGGCUGUAUCACCAAAGAGGAGAUGUUGGACAUCAUGAAGUCCAUCUAUGAUAUGAUGGGGAAGUGCACGUACCCCACCAUGCAGGAGGACGCCCCGUUAGAACAUGUGGAGAGCUUCUUCCAGAAAAUGGACCAAAAUAAAGACGGCGUUGUCACUAUAGAGGAGUUCAUUGAGUCGUGUAAAAAGGAUGAAAACAUUAUGCAGUCCAUGCAACUGUUUGACAACGUCAUCUAAGACCAGCAAGGACACCCGCACCAGGGAAAGAGGUGUGACUGGAUCAAACAGAGUUUAUGAAUGUACAUGUGCGUCUUUGUGAGUGCUUGAAGGACCUGCUGGCUCGCGCUCGUGUCACGGUUCGGAGUUCUGAGUCCUGAAGGCGCGCAGAGACCUUUUUCCUUUCUGCUGGACCCGUCCUCCCAAAGUUUUCUUCUCUCUUGCUAUCAAUAACAACAACAGACAAAGCUCUUUAUUUUAUCCUAGAGGCAGCGAGGAAGAAAGCUUGCAGUGGACUCAGAGCUACAUCUAAAAAUCCUCACCUCUUUUUGUUCAAACUUUUUGUACUACUGCUUCUGAUGAGCUUCUGAAGCUUGAAGUCAAAGGAAAAUAGUCCUCAAAAGUUCAACCGAGAUUUGUUUCUUGCUAUGAUGACUGGAUUUAUCUUUUUUUUUCCUGGAUCAGUUUGGAAAAACCUCCAGGCCAUACAACUGGAAAUGAGUUUAUUGCCUCCUGGUGGACAAAAGGAAAAUCACACAUCUUUAGGAAAAAGAGGAGCAACCAACGAACUGAAGACAUAUUAUCAAACACUGAUGGGAAUUCAGAAACACUCCUUUCCUUGAGGAAUUGUUUUCAGUAUCGCAUGAUGAUGUCACUAAUAUCUAAUUAUUUAUUUAAAGAGAUACUCCAAAGUCUGCUCGUCUGUCUGCCGUUCCUGGUCAUUCACAGGUGCCUCACCCUCUGUUUGUGUGCGUGUGCAUGUGUACCAGAAAGAUGUUGUCUACGAUUACACCGGGAGAACAACCACCCCCAGUCAUGGCAGUUUGGUAGAAUGAGCCUCGGCCAUUCAAACUAUUAAAGUCCUAGCAUUAGAUGUCUAUUGACUGUUGUACCAUAGCCUUCCCUGUGAAGUAAUAGUCAUGGAAAGGAUUCCACCAGAAGUACCGGUGGAUCAACAGAAACGCCGAACUACCACAGCUGUACUGGGCCCUUAAGUAUAUAAUUUGUUAGAUUGCAGAUUUGAUGUGAAUAUCUUGUAAUCUAAACUGUCAUGUGGUUGUAGCAGGUUCUACUUCAACAACAAACAAAAACACGUGUUGCACUGAAUGAUGCUAAUUCAACAUGAAAGUCUGCAUGUGUUGUUAAUGGAAACAUGGAUUUGCUUUAAUCUUUUUGGUUCCUUCCCACAUCUUACUCUCUUUUUUUUUGGUGACACCAAAGAUAAAUAUUCCUAGAGGGAAAAAAAACUGCAUUUAUUGUUACCCAUCUGUGAGAAAAAGAGGAUAUUUAGACUAGAGUAUUUUAUUUUAUUUCAUUUUUUGGACUGCAUUCUGGGAUGUAAACCCUGCUUGAUAAUAUUUGACGUUUUACUUUUAAAACAAAUAGCUAACCGCUUUUCACAUCCAAACUUGCCUCAAUUCAAAGUUGACAUACCAGAAGCUAUCUGUCCUUUAUUCAGUUCAGUGCAGAUAGACAAACGUUGAAUAGCAAUAACCUUCUCUGCCACAUAGUUUUCCUGCUUAUCCCACCUUCCACCCAUUAAAUUAAAUUCAAAAAGCUAUUUGAACUGGAAUGUUUUUUUUUUUUUUUAAGUUUUUCUUCUAACAGAACAAAACUCGUUUGGCUCAUACUGUUCCUGUCCACCAAUGAAACCUGUCUAUACCCGCAUGUACUGUGUCUAGAAUAAUGAAAACAUAAUAUCCUGGUGUACUGACUGUCUAGUUAGCUAGCCUCAACUGGUUGAAUUACAUAUUUAAAAUAUGUAUAUUUUGUAAAGAGACAAUAAAGUCACAAUUACUAUGCAAA